ACGUAUCGAUAACAGACAAUCACUUUGGCAGCCCUGGAUCACAUAUGUUAAAUGUUUAUUUACAAAACUAAGUUCAACUAUUGGAUCACCAGUGUCGUAUCUAGUCAAUGCGGCUGUGUUGUCUGCGACCAACAGAUGAUUUAAAAUCAAAACAAUAUAGAAUAUAACCAUCAGCUUAAUGAAUUCGUCCGGAGAACUGCAUCCAAAUUGGCUGGCCCUGACCACACUGCCACUGCAACUCAAGCGGUUCGUCCGUGCAGGAGAUCCGGAUAGUGUUCCCGAGUCCCCGAAAGCGGUUAAGCACCAACUUAAUGGUCUAAACGGCGCGGAGGCUCAGGAGUUCUACAAGGAAGUCCUGGAUGCCCCUACCACCAGCCAAGUUCCACCCCUCAGUUCUAGUAAAACAAAGGAAACAAAGGUUGUUCCGAAGAAGCCCAAACUGCCAUUUGAUAAGAGCAAGUUCUUCCGUUUGGCAACCAGCAACCAAGUGGAGGAGCUGAGCCAAAUGGAGAUCUACGAAGAGGAUCUGAAUUCCCGCGAUACCUUUGGCUGGACUGCCUUGAUGAUGGCUGCCUGUGAAGGAGCCACCGAGACAGUGGCUUGGCUUCUCCAGAAGGGCGUCCAUGUCGAGACAGCAGACAAAUCCGGAAAUACUGCUCUUAAGCUGGCACAGCGAAAGGGUCACUCGGAAGUAGUUCAACUUUUGCAAUCUCGACCCAUUUCGGCUGAAGGCAGCGAUGGGGAGGAGUCCGUGGAUAUCAACAGUCCAUUUUACUGCGAAAUCUGCAAAAGGGACUACAAGGAGACCCCCUGGCCAGAUCAUCAAACCUCCACCGUGCACCAGUUCAAUCUAAAAGCCCUGCCCGCCCAUAAACUACACAAGUUUAAUAUUUCCGCCAAGAAUCGGGGACUGCAGUUGAUGGUAAAACAAGGCUGGGAUCAGGAACACGGAUUGGGACCCAGUAAAAGUGGACGACUGUACCCAGUGAAGACCGUUCUUCGCAAGCAACGCACUGGCUUGGGAAUCGAACAGCAACCGGCGAGGGUGACUCACUUUGGAGCCUAUGAUUUGAACGCUGUUCGAAGAAGGGAUCCCAUAUAUCAGCAGAGACGAACGCGGAGCGAUAUGCAGCGGGAAAAAGUGCAGGAAUGGAAACGGGAGCGGCAUCUGCGCAGGGAAUUGAGCUAAGAUUAUUUGACAUAUAAAGCUUUGGGUGAUUUAAUUGUAGCAUACUUGUUUAUAUGAAUAUGUAUUUAGUUUAAGUCGUUAAUUUUGAUAAGAUUAAAAUAGUUAAAAUAAAACCUAUAAGCUUAACUUAACGCAUUGACUGG